GGGGGAGGGGGGGGGGAAAUCACUCUUGUCUUUUCCGCUCGCCAGGUUUAAACUAAGCUGGGCCCGGAGGCGCCUCCUUCUUGCCCUCCGCUGGGGUCACGUGAGAAGGGAAGGCGGUAGCCAGCGCCCUGCUGGGGUGGUCAUGACGGCGAGGGGAGGGGGCUGAGGAGACGGCGAGGGAAGCAGGGGCUGAGGAGGAGUCGGGAUUGGAGUGCCGGAGGUGCCGCUUGGAGACUUCUCAGGCGGGGGACCCAGGAGGAGGAGGAGGUCGAGGAGGAUGAGACCAGCGGUACUAUGGAGCCGGAGGAGGAGGAGGCUUUAGAGUGCGAGGAAGGCGGGAGCAAAGGCAGAGCAAGGCUCCUGCCCGCUCCGCUCUGAUGGCAGCGUCGGUGGAGCUGAACCAGGACGCGGUGCUGAAGUUCCUGGCGGAGCGGGGUGGCCGGGCGCGCAACGCGGACCUGUUGGAGCACUUCCGAGGCUUCCUCAACUCCCCGGAGCCCCAGCGCCGCGCCCAGGCCCGCGAGGGCUUCAAGGCGCUGGUCAACGCCGUAGCCACGGUGCGGCAGGAGCCGGGCUCCGGCGCCAAGUAUGUGCAGUUGCGCAAGAAAUACCGCGGCUCCGAAGCGGCCGCCGGCGCAUCAGUAACCGCGGAGGCCGCUGUGGAAGAGGCUCCGUGCCUGCCGCCGGAGGAGGCUCAAGGUGGAGGCGGUGGAAGCAGCAGCAGCAGCGGGGAUGCCUCCGGCGGUGCCACCCUUGAGGCGAAAGCCGUUGCCGAGCGCCUGGGUGGGGAGGACCCUUCGGGAACGGUCUCUUCUGCCCCCUUGGGAGAGCCUCCGCCCGAGGAAGGCGCGCCCUCGCAGCCGCCACCUCAGGUUCUCCCGCCCAGCGCCCCUGAGGUACUUCAGCCCAGCCUUGCAGGAGGCCAGGGAGAGGAGGCAUGCCUUGUUUCUGAGGGAGAUGAAGCGGCCGAGGCUGAAGGGGAGCCGAUUGUGGGCAACGAGGAGGACUCGUCCCCUUGCUCGCCGCCUUCGGCUAACACUGCCGCCGCCGCCCUCCUCCCGUUGGGCGGCGUCCUCACGACCGCCACCAACACGCCGAGGUGCGGGCGCAAGAACUUCCGGGAGCGGAUGCUGGGCAGCUCGCCUCAGAUGAAGCAGCGCGGCGGCUUGCUCUCUCGCGGCGGGAGCGGGAGCAGCCGUAGCGGGGGCGGCGGCGGCGGGGGGGAUUCGGACAGUGCCUCGGUGGCCUCCUCGUCGGCCGAGGAUGAGAGCGGCAGCGGGAGCGGCUCGGUGGCUUUGGACCCGCUGGAACACGCGUGGAUGCUGUGCGCCUCGGACGGCCGCUGGGAGAGCCUGGAGGGCCUGCUGAGCUGCGAGCCGGCGCUGCUCUCCAAGCGGGACUUCAUCACGGGCUUCAGCUGCCUCCACUGGGCCGCCAAGCACGGGCGCCACGAGGUGCUGGCCAUGCUGGUCAGCUUCGCCCACCGGCACCGCCUGCCCGUCAACAUCAACGCCCGCACCAGCGGCGGCUACACCGCGCUCCACCUGGCCGCCAUGCACGGGCACCUGGAGGUGGUCAAGCUGCUGGUGGGGGCCUACGACGCCGACGUGGACAUCCGCGACUACAGCGGCCGCAAGGCCUCGCACUACCUGAGCCGGAGCACCGCCGAGGAGGUGCGCCACCUGGUCGGGGCCCUGCAGGACGAAGCCGACGGCGGGGCGCCCAACGGCAGCGGCCGCUGGAGAUUUUCUCGGGUGCUCCCGGCCAACCUCAUCACCUACAAGCUGUCCCAUCUCCACCACGGCGGCGAGGAAGGCGAGGCGGGAGAGGGGACCGGAGCCUUUGGAAAGGGCAGAGAACUCAGCAGGAAGACGUCUGGCAGUGCUAGGAUAAAACCUCGGCUCAACAAAAUCCGGUUCCGUACCCAGAUCAUCCACACCACCCCUUCUUUUCGUGGGGAUGCCGAAGAAAAAGGACAAGAAGAAAGGAUCUUGAAAGGCUCUUUCAAACUUAGACCAAAAUCCAAUGUGUUCGGAUAGAAUAGAAGGAGUUUUUGUUACACCUGCCUAAGGCAGAACAGAUCACUACCCUGAUAACACUUCAAGUUGCCUGGAUGGGGCUGUGUGAGGAUAACUUUGGCGGGCACUGUCUGGUAAACAUAGGGAUAAGUAGCUUAAUCUGAGACAAUGUUUGAGCUUCAACAUUUUUCAGAGCUAUGCACAAAGUGGUGCUGUCAUGAACCUUCCUAUAGGUCACUAAACUAAACUGACCAUGUUGCUUUGGUUUAAAAUGCAGAUUAGCUGUAUCCUAAUAGUUUUUAAUUCCACCAUUAAGUUUUAUGUAAAGUUCUACAUACAUGUUGGUAGAGUAUUAGGGAUUGCUAUUUCUGAAUGGUUUGUUAAACCUGAAUCUGGGCUAUGUUCAAAUAUGCCUUUUGAUACAGUAAAAUCUCCUGCCGUUUGGAAACUAGCACAGUACGGAGAAGGUUAUUUUCUAUGAAAUGUUAGUUUCUGCAUUUAAUACUUCGCAUCUUUUUGGGGAGAAGGAAGAAACUUGAGAGUAUGAGAAUGUUUCAAAGGGGUUUAUCUCAUAAUCAGAGUUAAGUUUGUAUGGGCAAAACUAGAAACUCACAGCAAAUAUAUGUUCCAAGCUGCAUGUUUACAGGAGAAGAAGAAAAGAGAGAUGACUCGCAUUUGUAGAGGAAGUCAGGUGGGCAGGCAAAUAUGAUUUGCCCCUUCUGCAACUGUCAGUUCUCCCUUGCAAAAGCCUGGUUCCCGAGCUUACUCUUUGUCAGGCUAAAUGGAGGAAAUUAAAAUGCAGGGGAAAAUUAAUGGGUAGGAGGGUCAGGUACCCAUCACUCUCCUUUGAAAGUGCCUUCCCUUAUUCAUAUCAGCAAGCACAUAUUUAAGGGGAGCAGGCAGUGGCAGUAUUAUGGUAGUAAGAUGCAUGUGUUUAAACAUACAUAUUUAUCUCAAAAUAUCACAUUACAGUUACACAAUUUGUGAUUGAUAACUGCAAAGGGAAACGGGGUGGUGCAUUAACUGUAAUGGAAAAGUGAUUGCACCUAAAUAUUUUUAAGUAUAUAACCUUUUUUUUGUCCUGUUGAGUUCCGAUGUUUGAGCAUGUUUAAUUUGUUGAGUAAAAGUCUUAACAUGGUAUGAAAUGAAUUUGAAUUUACUUCAGCUUAAGCUUUAAUUAGCUGCUUGACUGAGAUACAACUGAUUGUUUCAUUUGGGAAAACAAUGUUGAAGAAAUAGUUUUUGUGGACACUAGAGCAGUGGUUAUGUAUAUGUAGUGCAACUUUAUUUUUGUCUGUCCUGUGAAGAGAGAGCAGUGUCCCCCCCUUCUUAUCUACAGAGGCUCUUUGUUUAUUAAGGUACUGUUUGAAACCCGUGUACAAUCUUGCAUACUACAUCUGCAUCUCGUGAUAACACCAGCUCUUUAAAUUUGUCCUGAAGUUUAGUGUUAGUGGUUAACCUUUGAUUUGUGAAGUGGGAUCAGGAGCUGGUCCUAGAAUGAUGGGAAAUUGUUCCUCAGUAAUGUUGUUAAAUGGCUUUCUCAGAAGCCUGAAACAGUGCCCUGGUCCAGAGAUCAAAUCCCAACACAGAGUUCAUGUUUGCUGAUGUGUCCAGGAACACAGUGCCUAGGUGAGACAUCCACGUGUUAAGAUUCAGAAGUUAAAAGUUGUCAGUGGGGCCAAAUGCUUCUGUAUAUCCAGUAGAAUAAACAUGGAAA